AUGUAGAUCAAAUAACAAUUAAAAAAGUAAUAUUAAUCUGCAUGCAGCUUUAUAUUCAAUGCCCUCAAUUCCUCACUAAUAUUUGCAUGUUAAUAUAUGCUUAAUGAAGUAAUUGAUCUCAUGUGAAUAAUAGCCACUCUUUGAAUUGUUACGAAUUAUCAAAGAAUCUCGAUUGAUUAUACCUCCUGUUAUUAAAAUGAAGAGAUUGAUUGAAGUUAACUUGAAAUAUCUAUUGAAUUAGAGAUUGAUAUAGAUCUUGAUUUAAUUUCUCAAUCCAUUUUUUAAAUAUGUCUAAAGCUUCAUAAAAACAAAUAUAAUAUGGGUAAUUGAUAAAAUAACCUUUUUAGAAAGAUGUAGUUUAAUUUUACGCAAACUUCAUUGUUCCAUUUUAUAUAUGGAUCAGAAUUGAUAGCUUUGUACGAAAUAUUAAUGAAAAAUUAGUAACAAUUCCAAUUUAUGAUCAGAUAUUUAUUAUGUUUUAGUACUAAUUAUGAUAUAUCAAGAAAUUCCAUCCUGAAUGAGCCAAUUAAAUAAAAAGUAGAUUAGGAAUUGGAUUAAUUUAAAAUGUAGUUACCUUAAUAUGCUAUAACCUAAUUUUGGAAAAACAAAACUUUAAAAGAUUAAGUAAUUUUAGAAAUUGAGUGUGGCUAUGCUGCUGGUCUAUCUUAUAUUGCAGAAACUUACGGUCCUCAAAGGUGCUUAGGAUUUGAUUCAUCAUAAAGUUAAAUAUUAAACAAUCAAAAAGUUUUUAAUCAUUAGAUUAAUUUAAAAUUUGAGAACAUUUCUCCAAAUGAAAUCAAAUCACUGCAUUCACCAAGUCAAGUUGAUGUGAUUAUUGGAAUUGAACUUAAUAACAAAUAUGCCUUUAAAAAUAUCAAUAUGAAAAGGUUGUAAUUAAAAGAUAUUUAGUUAUUUGGAAUCAGCAAUGAAUUUAUUAAAAGAAGAAGGGUAUUUAAUUCUCUCUAAUUUUGACACUAAAUAAAAUAUUUCGCAAUAGGAAGAGUAUCUUAAAAUUGAAGGAUUAAGCAUGAUCGAAAAAUAGGAUUUUACAAUUGGAUUGGCUUAAGCGAUGCAAUUGCAAAUAGCAUACAUUAAAUAACAUUAGUAAAUUCAAGGGAAUUGGAGUAAUUUAUAUUAUAAUCUUUAGUUUCUACAUUUAUCGGGAAGAGAUUACAACCUUAUGAAGAAAGAUUAUAAUAAGUAAAAGAUGGACAACAAAUUUAUAUGGUUUACAUAAUGAAAAAGAGCAAUUUUUGA